AUGUUACCGGGCGUGGGGCCGCAUGCUUGUAAACCCGGCACCCUGAAAGCUGAGGACCCACAUGGGGGCCAGCCUUCCUCUCCUCCCAACCUGAGCCACUCAGUUGAAGGGUGCCAACUUCUCCAACCUCCUUUCUCAGUCUGGGCGGCUGAAGCCUGGGAAGGGUGGGGUAGAGUAGUGGGACACUGUGGUCUGGCUACACAGGAAAGGGGACUCCUAUCCUUACAGAACGAUGUAGAAAAGGUGGUGGUGGUGAUUUUGGAUAAAGAGCAUCGACCGGUGGAGAAGUUCGUCUUUGAGAUCACGCAGCCUCCCUUGCUGUCUAUCAGCUCUGACUCUUUGCUCUCCCACGUGGAACAGCUGCUCCGAGCCUUCAUCCUGAAGAUCAGUGUGUGUGAUGCUGUCCUGGACCACAAUCCCCCAGGCUGCACCUUCACUGUCCUGGUGCAUACAAGAGAAGCUGCCACUCGAAACAUGGAGAAGAUUCAGGUCAUCAAGGACUUCCCGUGGAUCCUGGCAGAUGAGCAGGACGUCCACAUGCAUGACCCCAGGCUGAUACCCCUAAAAACCAUGACGUCAGACAUCUUAAAGAUGCAGCUCUAUGUGGAAGAGCGAGCUCAUAAAAGCAGCUGAGGAGGAGCCUGCACGUGCCAGUGAUGCCACAACUGUCAGACUGGGGACCCA